GACGUCAUUUAGAGGGGUUUCCCCAACAUGGCAGGUUUCCCAGACCACCUGAAUCUCGAUUCUACAAAUAAUGGAGCACAGUGAGCUUGCAGGGACAAAAUGACAUAAGUGCAUUCAACAAAAUGGUGAUGCAGUAAUACCUGACUGGACAAGAUGGAAAACACUUCAGACCUAAAUCUGAGAGAUGACACUUCAGACCUAAAUCUGAGAGAUGACACUUCAGACCUAAAUCUGAGAGAUGACACUUCAGACCUAAAUCUGAGAGAUGACCCUAUUGACUAUGAAGCAGACCUGGGAGGCGACUCAAUGUACUUUGGCUCAGACCGAGUCGACACUCAGGAUUACAUCUCCAAUAACGCAGACAACUACAAUUCCAGUAACACAGCAGGUUAUAACUCAGACGUACAUCAGAGGUCAGGUUACCAGGACGACUAUGACAUCAGCCUGGAAGAUGAUGACUUAAAUGAUGAUGAUUAUGCUGCUGAUGCAGAAGAUAACGAGGAAAUGCCACAUAAGCACAAAGUAUUUUAUGAUCCUGGACAUUUCCGUUACAACAGAAAGGUGUGCGUUGCUGCCAUACCAUGUCUUCUAAUAUUAUUUGCAGUUUGUGGAGAAAUGUUAUUAGUGAUUGCAAGCUUUGGUGUGGCAUUGCUGCUUUCCAUUGACCAUGGAGGACAAAACCAAAGAACGGUUGUGAUAUUCAUGGUGCUCUUCAUACCUUGUCAUAUCCUAGUACUGUAUUCCUUUACUCCACUCUUAUGGGUGUCCCUUUUGAGCAUGUUGCUAAUGGCACUCAUCAAUGCCUUUGUCCUACUGACAGGGGCGUGGAUGAUCAUUCAAUUCACAAUAUUCCGCAAACAGGAAGCUGAGAUGUGUGUGGUGACAGAAAAGCUCCUGUUUUCUGCCUACCCUGGGCUGUCUGCAUGCCUGCUUACAUGGGCAGUAGCCACCAUCAUACCCCUCAAGUUUAUCCCCUUUGUGCUGACAGCUAUUGGGUUCGUUUUCUUACAGCUCUUCAUGACACCAACAAAUUCCUCUUUUAAAUUACAACCACCAGAUGUGAAAGAAGACGACCCCAUUAAGAAUAUCGUUGACCAUAUGAUGUUGGCUGCCAUAGCUACAAUGUAUUGUUUGUUGCCUUCCUUUGUACAAAUCAUGAUAGGUGUUUAUCAGCUCACCGCCACUGGUGUAUUUCACAUCUGGUUUAUGGUAGAUGUUGUGUUCCUGUUAGCCCUUACAAUGUUCCUCACCACAUUGAUGAGUAUUCGUUCUGUUAUUGAAUCUAUAGGUAUGAACUACGACCAUGUUAUCAAGGUACGAUGGAUGAGUGGUGCCGUAGCUACCAUCCUCUGUUAUCCUGCUCUCCUUAACUUAGGGAUAUCAUCACACUUCCUGCCUUGGUUGCCGGCAGCCAUUGCUCUGUAUUCCUCGUUUGGUGCACUACUCGGCUACAAAAAAUACAAGACAGCUGCCUCAGUGUGUUUUGCACUUGUACUGAUAUUUUCUUUGGUUUGGCCAGCCAAGUUACCUUGGAAACUUACAUUUAACUUCUUGUUUGGCCUACCACUAACCAGUAUUUAUAUACUUCUCCUGGUCAACUCGUGUCUGUGCUUGACCACUGCUUACAUAGCCACUCACGGACGACAGGAGGUCUUCAGCAUCCUGCUUACCCUGCAAACCUUCGUAUUUAUAAAGUGUGAGCUGGUCCUGUUCAGUGCCAGCCUAUAUGGCUGGCCAUUGUUUAUUGUUACCAUGACAGCAGCUUCCUACACCAUCCAGAGGUUACAAGUGUCUCGGAGACUCCCCCAGAACCUUGCCUGUUUCUGUAUGUCAGCACACAUCACAAAGGGUCUGGCCAUCCUUCUCACAGUGUUUGUCCAUUACCAAGAGCUAUCUGCAAUCAACUGUAUGACACUAUUUUGUUUUGUCGUCAUGGUCACGCGAGUGUUUGCCAACGAGAUACGCCCUGAUGCUACUGUCAAAGAAAUCAUGACAAACCUGGGCCUGUUGUCCCUGUCUGUGAUGGCCAAUAUCAGUCCUCUGCUCUUCAUCCUAGCCUCCUACCUAUUCCAGGGGAAUGCAAGUGGUGCUGAUGCUACAGGAAUUGGUUUCAUCAUCUGUGGUAUUUUGGUGAUUGCCGUCUGCUCCCUCCACUUGUCUGGCAAUGUCAAGGUCAGACAGCUGGGCAUCGUGGCCAUCGUCAUUGGUCUGUUCAUACUCAUGUUACAGCCUGGUGCUGAACUCACAUGGUAUUGUGCUUUCCAGUGGAUGGAAAUGGCCAGUGUCUUGUUGACUGCUGUUGUCAUAGGAACAGACUUUGUCCGUAACUUUUAUCAGAUUGCUGCAUGUUCCCUGGUACUGGGCUUCUGUCCUGGAGUCAGAGCUGUGAUCAUGCUUUACCAGGAAGAGGAGGAGAUUCCACUUAUUGGAGCGGCCAUGUUUGUUGUCACAUCAUUGUUCAUCACAUGUGCUCUUUUGUGCUUCUUCAAAGCCAGCCAUCUAGGAUAUUCAUUUGAGCAGCACAUGAUCAGACUGUGUGUGGUACUUAUGGUGCUGUCUCAGGUGUCCCUUUUAUCAGAUCUCAUCACCAAAGAUAGAAAACAAGCAAUCCUCCAUGUUCCCGCCUGGAAACUGUUCCUAGCAGCUAACCUCACAGUCAGUGUGUGUCUCAAGAUCCUGUCUCUACAGAAGUAUAAGGCGAUUAUUCCACUAACAACAGAUAAAGAUGACAAGAAACACACCUCACUGUUGCCCAUAGCUGGCAAUGCAGCAACUAUCAUGUCCUUCCUGCUUUUUUGUCUGUUGGCUCCCGCGGCUGGAUUCUUACAUGACGUCUGGUGUUGUGGAGCAAGUCUUGUCCUGAUAUGUCUUCAGAAGGACACACAUUUCCUGGUUAACUUGAAGGAGGAGAACCAGACAGUCCCAACUAAACUGACUGCAAUUGUAGUUUUGUUGGUAGCAGCCAUCUGCAGGACGAGGAUCUGGGAUGCUUAUGGGUUCACUGUCCUACGUUGUGUGGUUGAGAUCCUUCUGGUGCUGGCCUACCUCCCGGUCCUGUACAUACUAUGGGGUGUGCUGUGGAGGAAGGUGGUACUCCUGUCCGAGCAGGUGGUGGUGUUCCUGAUGCCCCUCAACCUACCCCUGAUCCUGUAUGGGACCAGCUACACCAGCUGGGCCAUGGCCACCACAUCGGUUGUAACCUGCCUCUGGAUGAUGACCAAUAUCCUACCACUAAAACCCUACCAACCACCUCACAGAAGUAUGAGGCACUAAAACCCUACCAACCACCUCACAAAAGGUUUAAGCACUGGAGUCAUACCACAGAAUAAGAGGCCAUGGUACUGAAUUAAAAGUUUUAGUACUAAACUAGAGGUUAUCUAGUACUGGCUUAGUGGUCAGCUGGGUACUAAACUGGAGGUUAUCUAGUACUGACUUAGUGGUCAGCUGGGUACUAAACUGGAGGUUAUCUAGAACUGGCUUAGUGGUCAGCUGGCUACUAAACUGGAGGUUAUCUAGUACAUGUACUGACUUAGUGGUCAGCUGGGUACUAAACUGGAGGUUAUCUAGUACUGACUUAGUGGUCAGCUGGCUACUAAAUGUACUACAUUGAAGGUCAUAGCACUCAAACGAAAAUCAUUAUAGAUCAUAUUAAAGGCCAUUACAGAAUGUUAAGGAGCAUACAAAGGUUUUCAAAUCAAAAACCACUAAGGAAUGUGCAAGUUUUCUUUUUACAAAAUAUAUUGGUUGUUUAGCAUAAGCCAUAUCUUGUUUCAAAUUGAAGACCAAAAUAUCAAUCAUGAAUUUAAGAAUGGACUUGUAUUUAUAGUCAUUCACUUAAUUAAAAGCAAAGAUACUGUUACAAUUCAAUUUGUGAAUUUUGUGAAUUUGUGAACCUUCACAAGAAUCAUUAGAUCGUCUUUUAUUUAUUGAAAUGUAUUUGAGUGUCAAUGUUUGUGAUCAUGAUAUAUUCUUGGUACAGAAUUAGAACUCAUCUGAAGUGUUUCGUAUCAUGUUAACACCUUUUUUUCUAACCAUAUAUCCUGUUUCCUGCAGUUUAGCCACCUCUUCUAAUUUGUGGUUCUGUCACUUUGAAUUUAACUAUGGAGAUUGCCAAAACAAGCAAGAAGUUAAGUUGGAAGUUGGAAGUUGAUUAUGUUUCAGUUGAAGAAGUGCUCGGUUUUUCAUUCCUAUGUAUUGUUUCAAUGUGUGUGCUUGCAUAUGUUUAUACAGAUUAUGUAUUUUUUUUACCGUUUCCAAAUUCAAUUAAACAUUGGUUUGUGGGAAGAUGCCACAGAAACUAUUAAUUAUGUUUAUAAUGAAAGUACAGUGUUUCCAAGAUUUCAAUACUGUUAAUCAUUCAUAGAAAAUUAUAUAAAGUCCUCUAGUUUGUAAUGAUUAAUAUGAAAAUUACAAACUAACUUCAACAAGCAUCAGCCGAGGCAACAUCUAUAUAAUUUACUGCAAUAAAUAUAAAAGGCUUGAUUUUUAAACAAAAUAUUUAAUUUUUAAAAAAAUCAUGAAAUACUGUACCAGUACUAGAUGCCACAUUUUUAGUUCAUGAAUUUGUAGUUCAUGUUAUCUUUGUAUACUUAAAUGAACAUCAAUGUUUAUUAGAAUCACAUUGGAAAGGUCUAGCUUUGACCUUAUAAUGCUCACUUCUCUUAAUUCUUUGUGUUCUUUGUUUUAUUCUGUAGAUGUUCAGUAUAAGCAGAGACGUAUAUAUUACAUAAAUGUAAUAAGUAUAAGUGUUUCCAUGAUAAAAGCUAUGAUAUAUAAAUAUACUUUAAGUACUAAUGAGAAUAUUUAUGCUGAUCAGCUGAAAGGGGUAAAGGCCAAUAAACUGAGGACUGGAGCAGUAUUAUCAUACGAUGUUUAAUAUACUCUAACACUAGGUGCCUUGGUUUAUUAUGUCCAAUAGUGUUUCAUUGUUUUGUGUUGGGACUUUAUUUAGUGUUGUGAUGUAACUUUCUGCUUGGUAACUUAAAUUUUAUGUGUAGAUUAGAUCUAGGUUUUUUUUAAUUGGGAGGGGGGGGGGGGUAGCAAUCAUUUGGUGCAGUAUUGAGAGACACUGUUUAUCUGCCUUGCUUAUUACAGCUUUGUAGCAUGAUUUUGGAUUUGCCAUUAUAUAGUUAUCUUGUGAAAUGUUUCAUGACUCCACGACUGGCAUUUAUGGUGCGUGAAUGAAUGAUGAUAAGCGAUGCUUCGUCUUGUUACUGGUUUUGUCAUUCCACAUGAGAUCAUUUGUUUCACUACUACAUGUAAUCAUUCGGUUUGCUACCAACUGCAGUACUAAAGGAAUCAUUUUAGUAAUGUAAGUGAAUCGCACAAGGUCUUUGGUGUAAAACUAUUGAACAGUUCCAGGCACAUGCUUCUCAUUUUGUACCAGCUCGUGACUAUUUUGUCCCCGUUAUUUUGAUAUUGGUAGGAUAUGGAUGUACAGUAAGACAGAUCAAUGUUUUUGUCAGACAACAAUCAAUAGGAUAAAUAGAAUACUUUAGGAAGAUCAGACAUGCCAGUGUUAACCUUGGUCUGAUUAGGGAAGAAUUCUGGCAAUAACUGUUAUAAUAUUAAACAGAAAUGUUCGCCUCAUUUUAUUUUUGCCAAUGAACAAGAUGGCAAAUUCAAAACCAGGAAAAACUAGGAAUUGUAAUGAAAUCCACAGUAGGUGAGCUUGUUUUAAAAGGCUGGAGGUCAAAAGUUCACUGGAUGAAAAUGUUACUGUUUACAGUACUAUUGGUGACAAACAGUCUGUAUAUGGUUACAAUUUCUUGCUGAAGAACUUUUAACAGUUAUGACACAAUUUUGUGUUAAUUUCAUUUGAUGUUAAGGGGAUGCAUUUGUUUUUCUACUGAAAUAAAAUACACAAAAUUUA